CAGAUGUACCCACGUGUCUCCUCUUUCCAGAGUCGCACUGUGAAGAUGGCGGACGGAGAGAUUGCCUCAGCGAAGAAGCACAAGAAGAAGAAGGAAAAGAAAGUGGCUGAUGAUGAAGUGGGGGACAUCCAGGAAACGGGUGAUUUUCUCAUCAAACCGGAGUCUAAGGUUGCCAGCCUGGACACAUCUCAGUGGCCUCUGCUGCUGAAGAACUUUGACAAGCUAAACAUUAGGACAGCUCAUUACACCCCUCUUCCAAAUGGAUCAAACCCUCUGAAGAGGACCAUCCAGGACUAUGUCAGGUCCGGGUUCAUUAACCUGGACAAGCCGGCCAACCCGUCCUCCCACGAGGUGGUGGCCUGGAUCCGGCGCAUCCUGCGGGUGGAGAAGACGGGGCACAGCGGCACGCUGGACCCCAAGGUGACGGGCUGCCUGAUCGUGUGUGUGGACCGGGCCACCCGCCUGGUCAAGUCCCAGCAGAGCGCAGGCAAAGAGUAUGUGGGAAUUGUUCGGCUGCACAAUGCGCUUGAGAACGAGCACCAGUUAGCCAGGGGUCUGGAGACGCUGACGGGGGCCCUGUUCCAGAGACCCCCCCUCAUCGCCGCGGUGAAGAGGCAGCUGAGGGUGCGCACCAUCUACGAGAGCAAGCUCAUCGAGUACGACCCCGAGAGGAGACUGGGCAUUUUCUGGGUGAGCUGUGAGGCCGGGACCUACAUCCGGACGCUGUGCGUGCACCUGGGGCUGCUGCUGGGCGUGGGGGGGCAGAUGCAGGAGCUGAGGAGGGUGCGCUCCGGAGUUUUGGGUGAACGGGACAACAUGGUGACGAUGCACGACGUGCUGGACGCCCAGUGGCAGUUCGACCACAACAAGGACGAGACCUACCUCCGGCGGGUCAUCUAUCCCCUGGAGAAGCUGCUGGUGUCCCACAAGCGCAUCGUCAUGAAGGACAGUGCGGUGAAUGCCAUCUGCUACGGCGCUAAGAUCAUGCUGCCGGGCGUCCUGAGGUACGAGGACGGGAUCGAGGUGAACCAGGAGAUCGUCAUCAUCACCACGAAGGGAGAGGCCAUCUGUCUGGCCAUCGCCCUGAUGACCACGGCGGUGAUCUCUACCUGUGACCACGGCGUGGUGGCCAAGAUCAAGAGGGUCAUCAUGGAGCGCGACACCUACCCUCGCAAGUGGGGGCUGGGACCAAAGGCCAGUCAGAAGAAGAUGAUGAUCCAGAAGGGUCUGCUGGACAAACACGGGAAGCCCAACGGCAGCACCCCGUCUGACUGGAAGGAGGGCUAUGUGGACUACAGCACACCAAAGCCAGCUGCUGCCGCCCCACAGACUGCACAGCCCCCCAAGCGGAAGCGAGAGGCCAGUGACAGCGACAGUGACGCAGGCUCACCUGCGGCCACACCUGCCGCCUCGGUGCCCAGCACUCCCAAGUCUGACGGAGAGAUCAAGAAGGAGAAGAAGAAAAAGAAGAAAGAGAAGAAGCUGAAAACUGAAGAGGCAACUGAAGAGGCAACAGAGGAGGCAGCUGCAGAGACCACGACAGAGGCCGGGGAGAGCGUCAAGAAGAAGAAGAAGAAAAAGAAGCAGAAGGAGGCGGAGAGCGAGUGAGGUCAUGUGACUGACCGUGGCGACGCGGCGUAGCGGAACGCUCUGGACUGUUAGCCUCCAUGAGGAGAGCGUGAGCGCGUCGCAGCGCACAGCUGUACAGACGUCGGCCCGGAGGAGUCCCCCCCCACCCCCCACUCUUCUCUUCAGAGCUGCGUUUGUUUCGGUUCUCGUGGGGGGGGGGCCACUUCUCAGUGGUCAUGGCCGACGCAGACUGUUCAACAUCCCUUUUUUUUUUUUUUUUUUUUUAAACUUGUUUUGAUCUUUUAAAACUUCUCACCCCUUGCUUAAGUCUGUAUUUUUUUUGGGGGGGGCACCCUACUAUUGCGUGUGCAGACAUGCUGAUGGCGGAGGGUCUUAUUUUUGUAUUGUAAAUAAGUGGCAGUAAAGUCGGGUGAGUGUUCAGUGGGCAGAAGUGUAAUCAUGAAAAUAUGCCAACAAAGGAUUUUUUAUCUA